CAUACAUAUAUAUAUUUAGGAAAGCUCUGGAUGAAAUGUUUAUUCAGUGUUGACAGAUGGCGUGUUUGUUUUGUUAUAUCUUUGUGACAGUAAUGAUAAAUGGACUCGUGCUUGGGUUUAUUGUUACAAAUGAAGAUAAAGGUGUAAAAAUCAGUUAUACAAUCAAAUUUAGAAAUAAAUGCCGAGGAGAGACUGACAAAAUUGUAACAUUACAAGAUGUGCCACUUUCUGAAUGUGCUAUGGCAUGUGGGUUGCGAAAAGCUUGUGCAGCUUUGAAUUAUAGGAGAAUCUUUAAACUUUUUGAUUUGUAUUCCUCUGACGGAAUUGAAACUGACAGGGUAAAAGGGAGUUGUGUAGAAAUUUGGAAAACAGAUAUGUUCAUCGAAAAGCAACCUUGUCCAGAUUGUGACAGAGAAAUGACAUGUGAGCCAAGCAGCAAAACAUGUGAAUCAACAGAAUGUUCCUUACAGACAUUCAUUCAACAUGGGAUGAUUUUGGGAAAUUUAAACGAAGUUGGGGCACGAAGGGAAUAUAUAUGCGAUAUUGGAUACAAACUAAAUAGUACAGAUGAAAAUUUGGUCUGUUUCCCUGACGGACAUUGGAACAAUAGUAUGGAAUCAUGUAUCCGUGAGUACACAUUUUGUAACAGCAAUUGGCAAUGGAUUAGUUCAUAA